AUGACGGCGCUAUUGUUGUCAUCUUCCCUCAGGAGGGCAUCGUUUUGGACCAGAUGCUUGAUGGAGUCAUUAGGAGGUGGAUGCGUCUGGAUGGAUGACCGCAAGCCGGUGGAUCUGUUUGGCGCCAUGGUGGUGUCGACGGCUGGCCAACCUAGCAAGGAUAACGUGGAACUCUUUCCUGUAGAUGGGGUCCGAACCCAAGCGCCAAGACAAAACUGGACCCCCAAGUCCGCCCCAGCCCGAACGCUCCCCAAGACCCCUCCCCAAUUCCAAAAGCAUUCUACUUCGUCUCCGCCUCCCAAACCCCUGCUGCGACGCGCACCCACUCCGGCGGCAUGCUUGCCGUGUCGACCAUGCGCCACGCCGCGUCGCCGUGCCGUCGCCGUCGCCGUCGCCGUCGCGGACGCCGCGCCUCUUCGCCUCUUGGUCUCCGACCCACCGCCUCCUCCCGUCACCGUCCCUGACCCCGCGCCACCUCGGGUCGCCCUCGCGGACCCCGCGUCCCCUUCGCCGAUUCCGCGCUUCGGACCUUCGCCGUCGCCGCUUCUGCCUCACCUGCUGCGCCUCCCCGCCCCCGUACUCGCGGGAUCACGGACCGGCGCCAUCGCCUCCCACCGCCGCCUCCACGCACGUUGCGUUCCGCCACUGCAGGGCGCGGGGACCGACGACCUGCUCGAGGGAGAGCCCGUACAGCCGCCGAUCUCUACCGCCAGGCCUGCGUGGUGGCGCUUGGUGUGCGCCCUCUCGACAGAGACCACCAAGCACCGUAGUUUACAUGUGAUUGUUUUGCUUGUGUUGUCUGCAUUGAAGAACAGCAACUUUCAGUCCUUUGUUGAGGAGAAGGCAACCCGAUUUAAGGUUCCUUCCAGGCUCACGGCGCGACAGCUGCUCGGAGCUGCUGCUAUCACAUUCCUCUUUGAUGUUGCUGUGAUGGGGAAGGACCUCAACGAGGUUUGUGCCUAUCUUAUGACGUAUGCACAGGAGGUUAAGGAGGAGGACUUGGCAAAGGCUCAGAUUCUGGAUAGUCAAGUGGGCAUUACCAAUGUUGAGGAGUGACUAUACUACUGAUUGGAAUAGGCAAUUUCAAGGUUUGGAGGCUCUGAACCAUGGAUAUAUGACCCAGUUUUAGCAAUUACAGUAUGAAUGGUCUUGUGAUCACGGUUGUAUGCAUACGUAGAGUACAUGAGAUUAGAUGUCCUUUCACAGUGAUCGCUUUGAAAAACGUUAAGAGUCUAGGCAGUUUUGUAGUAAUUGGCUAUCACAGAAGGCAAAUAGGGGGGAAUGGAUAAGGACAAGCUUAAACUGUAGAAGCAUCUUUCUCUAAUCAAGUGGCUUGAGAUGCCCUGAUGCUUUCUGUCUUUCUUUCACUUGUUUUGGUAGAGUCCUUUGCUCUUACCUGGCCUUUUGGUUAAUCUGGGGCAGAUGCUGCUACGUUGGUCCCAACAUGCAGUUGUGCUGUUUUUGUUUUUCUCUAGGGAUAGUUCUCUUUACUUCCUGUUUUUCCUUAUUAGUCAUAAUGUUCUGUUUUCUUGAACUUCGCGGUGUGCUUUGGUUUACAAUUCUUUGAAGGAGUUCGAUGGUACACGAACAAAGAACUGAAAGAAGUACUGUUAUGAUAUGAUAGAAUGACUUAUUUUUAAUUCAGCCACAACCAAAUUACCUGACCAUUUAGUAUGCUUCGCGGUGUGUCUUUGGAAUAAUGGUUUGUUGGGUUCAUGGUCUUGGGUUAUUUGUCCUUUUUAUUUUUUGUGGUCAAACAAGAAAUUUGUAUUAGGUGUGCUUUUAGUGAUCGACUAGGUUCUACUAGCUUUCAACAUUUAUCCUUGGAAUGGACAAAUGCAAUCAACUCAUGUUAGCCAACUCGCGACCGAUAUCGCAGUGACUGCCUUGCCCCCGUUGAGAGUCAGCCGAGAGAAGAGACCGGCCUGAUCCCGGAUCUCCUCCGCCGGCGCGGCUGGCUAGAGCAGAGCUGGGAAAGGAGCACGGGAGAGCUUUGUGUAUACGUAGUAGUUUUAGGUUCAGGUCUUCCUGUAUGGUUGUUGGCGCGAUGCCGGUCUGGAGCUCGCCGCCUGCGCAACCAAGCUGCGCGUGGUUACCUACAGCGGAGGCUCUAUUCACCUUGCUGCUCCAUGGCGGAGAAACAAGUGUUGGCCAUGCUGCUGGAGUCUCCCUAAACAAGUGUUGAGUCCCUUUUCUUGCAGGACGUCUUGCUCUUCUUCUCCUGUUCCGGUGGUCACCAUGGAGGUGGAGGAGUUGAGAAGAAGAGGGCUGUUGGAUGUGAGCGAUUGGGUAGCGGUUCAUUCGCAUCGGCCUUUACGACAGAGCUACGGCGCCGGCCAUGGCCUUGCCGUCCUGUGGAGGACAAGCAAGUGGUUCUUGGCUGCUGGUGUCUGAAGCCUCGCCGGUGACCAUUAUGGCCGAAGGGCGGCCCCGAAGAAUUCUGGCACCUGAAAUCUGGCGUCUGCUCAAGUUCUUCCUCCUGGCUUCGGUGCCUUAUGGGAGGAAGUGUAGUUUUUGCUUGGAGUCCAUCCAUCCUACCGGCUUCUCCUGGAGUUGGCUAUGGUGUGGUUGCGUCCCCGGCGGCGGCCGGAAGCGUAUUCAAUAGAAGACUACGAUUUGGACCUGAUUGCUUUUCUUAUCCUCAGUCUAAGGUCUUUUGUGUAAAAUUACUGGACUUGGUUGUUAUUUUUCUUUCUUUGGAGACCUCUAUGGAGCUUCGUACUGUCACAGAUAAUUAAUGAGAAGCUCUCUGGGUCCUUCCGGACCCAUCUCUAUUAACAAAAAUAGCUUUAUGCCUGUAUUGGCACCUCAACA